CUCUUUGUUUAUAAACAAAAUUUUAAAAUUUUUUUCGCUGUUUUUUGGUUUUUAACUACUCAAAAUUGAUAUUUGAUUGAUAUGUUGAUAGAGAAAUGACACAAAAUAGCAAAUACAAAAAUUGUACACUGAAUAUUUGAGCGAAAUAGUGAGUAGCCAAAGGUCCAGUCACAGGGUCCAGUCACAGGUCCAGUCAUGUCUAUGGUCUAUCAUAACCUCAACUUUUCGAAAAAUAAUUAGGAAAAUAAAAAGGAUAUUUAGAAGUAUAAUGGCAAAUAAAAAGCUAAAAAAUAUUAUUAUAAUUGGAACAGUAGCUACUACUGCUUUUGUUGCUGGCUCCUAUUAUAAUAAGUUCUCCAAUCUUCCGACGUUCAAGUUAGCCAAUAAGCCAGGUUUGCCUAUUUUUGGGACAGUUGCAGUAGCUAAUUCGGAUAAUUAUUAUCAAAUAUAUGAGUCCGGAAAUUUCCCAGAAAUGCUAAAAGAGUCUGCUGGUUAUUCACAAUGUCACGAAAAUAUUUCUUCCCAAGGAAAAACACAGCCAUGGUUUUCAUUAUUUCAGACUGUUAAUGCAGCAUACCCAGUUCCAAGCGAUGAAAAAGAAUUGGCUUACACACCCAAUGUACCAUCAGAGUCGGAAAAAGAAGGAAGAAUUGCCGAAAUUAUGAAGUAUGGAUUUCCUGGGAUGGAUAAUAUCAGACCAUUUAAAAAUUUCAUCGUGAGUUAUGAUAGAAGAAACAGAGUGGCACAUUGGGUUUUUGAGCAUUUAACAGCAGACAGUAUAAAAGAAAAGGAUGGGGUAGAUAGGUCUAAAUGCGUUUUUAAACCUGAUGAAGCUAUUCAUCCUUUAUUCAGGGCGGACAAUACAGAUUAUAGAAAAUCUGGGUAUGACAGAGGGCAUCUUGCAGCAGCUGGAAAUCAUAAAUCUGAACAGGAACAUAUAACUGAGACAUUUUAUUUAUCAAAUAUAGCACCACAAGUAGGAAAAGGUUUUAAUAGAGACUCUUGGAAUAGACUAGAAAAAUAUGUUCGGAAAUUAACCAAAUUCUACACUAAUGUUUAUUGCUGUACAGGCCCAAUAUACUUACCAAGAAGAGAAGCUGAUGGGAAACUAUACGUUAAAUAUGAAGUGAUUGGAAAAAAUCAUGUAGCUGUUCCAACUCAUUUUUUUAAAGUUAUAGUGGGUGAGACUAAAGAUGGCCGCUUUGAAAUGGAAUCUUAUGUAAUGGGUAACGAGCCUAUUAAUAAUGAAAUUCCAUUGGAGCAUUUUCAGGUUCCACCUAAUACGAUUGAAAAGGCAGCUGGCUUACUAUUUUUUGAUAACAUAUCUCGAAACAAACUCAGUAAAAUCAAUGGUAGAUUAAGUGAAGAUUAAUAGUGAAAUAAAAAUAUUUUUUAUAAUCUGACUGAUGAGUAAGUUUUAACAUGUAUGUACUUAUGUUAUCUGUAAAUGUUGAAAAUGUAGCUGUGUAAUGUUGACAAUGUAUUCCUAAAUUUAAGCCAUAAUUCGCGCAAAGAUGUAUUUCAGUUUUAUAAAUCAGUUAUCAGCUAUUUUGUAAGUUUAAAUCAUUUAUAGUUUUAAAAAAUUGAUGUAUUAAUGUAGUUAUAUACAGAACAUUUGAAUGAAUAUAUUGAAAUAUUUUUUAAAUAGAGAUGUAAAAAACUAUAUUUAGAUUUAAAACAUCAUAACAGAAUGUAUAUUAUAGAAAUAUUCCUAUAGUUGUGAGUUGUGAGCUGUGAUUUAGAGUUAGUCAAUAUUAGGUAAACGUUUAAAUAGAAAAUAUAUUAUUGAAUUUAUACCUA